UUUGAUGUCUGACGUUUGGAAAUUUGACGGCGGUGUUAUUGCAAAAAUGUAAUGCACAGUGAAUAAUUUAUUCGCUUCGUUUAUUCUGCACAAAAGAAUAUCACGUACAGGCGGAAUGUGCGAUGCGACAUUUGGUCUAGGUUUCUUUAGCAAUAAUUUAUUUUUAGCACAACAAGAAUUUCUCGAGACUAGAAGCUCCGCUCUUCUCGUCGGUUAUAUUAUUUUUCAAGCAUAUAAACACAGGUGUAGCAGCACGCAAUAUCCUGCUAAAUAUUUUAAUCGCUAUGUUACGCGAUUAUAAGAGCAAGUAGUGAACAACGUGUGUCGACUUGUAGUAUUAAGAUCAAUCGGUAGCCUUAAAUAUAAUGCUCGCAGAAAUAGGCACAGAAGGCUAUCAGCCAAUGACAAGUUUCACUGGAGAGAAUUUGUUUAAGCUGCAAUGUUUGAUCAAGGCUACAGAAAUACGACAUAGCGCUCAAUGCGAACAUGGAAACAAAUUGUUUUUGGCAUUUACGACCGGGAAUGCAGAAAUUUUUUUUUACUACAUAAAAGACUCUACGUGUGCACCGAUCAUUAAAAGAAUCCCUUGGUUCCAAGGAAAUCAUAAACAAAUCUCAGCUUUAUGCUUUCAUUCGACCGGAUCAUGGUUACUCGCUACAAGCAUAGAUGGAUCGGUAUACAUUAUUCCUGCUUUGUGCUUGGUAGAUGAAAAUUGGGAGGUAGACCAAAGAUGGACCUGCAACGAUAUAACAUGUUUCCCUUCUAGUAAUUUGCAGUCCUCUCAUUCAAAACCCACUGCCAUAAUAUGGUGGCAAAAUACAACAACGUCGUCUGAAGUUGGUAUUAUUGGAACUGAAUAUGGGGAGAUCAUAUUUAUAAAUCUUGAGAGUGGUCAUCAAACAAUCGUGGCACGUAUCAAUGGAAAUAUUGCCAGUUUGCAUAUUUGUUGCAACGAGAGUAAUAACAGUAUCUCUUUGUUAAUAACAAGUCAAUCAAAGCAGCAGUGGAGAAUGCUUUUAGUGCAGCACACCUACAGUUGUUUGCAUCAUUUGGAAAAUGGAGAAGCCUAUAACAAUUCGUUGCAUACGAGCGAUAACAUCUACGAUAAUACAAAAACAUUUGCUUCUACUAGAUCCAGAUUGCAAGGGCUCAAACAGCUGUCUGAGGAGAAACUUGCUAUACUUAGACAAAAGUUAAUCGAAACAAAAAGUCAGACUUUAAGUGAAAAUUUGAAAUGUAAUGAUAUCACGGGUAAUCGAAAUACUCGCAUAGCAACAGUUAAUUUAGACUUGUCCAUGGAAGUGAAUCAGAAUCAAGUAACACCCGAACCAAUAUCAAAAGACACUUUUCUCGUUUCACAGUCUGAUAGAAAAGGUCAACAAUUGUAUACGUGUUACCAUUCUAUUACAAGUCAUAUAACAGUACAUGGACCUGAUUUUUCUACUAUACCUUUAUCGGUGCAUAAAUUGUUCGAAUCUUGUAGAAAUGUUUUAUUAACCGAACGUUUUUUUUUUAUCACCGACGCUAGUCAGCGUGUAAUAUAUAUAAUAUCAGACAGAUUAUCCGAAACUCGUACAAAUGAUAAUUGUAAAUUUAAUCCAGAGAGUGUCGUCGGACACUUUUCUCUAGCGAAUAGUAAAGAAGUGAUACGCGCUGUGUACAGAGCUAUUGAUUUUACAAAUAAUGCACCAACGGUACUUUCUCAAGAUAUUAAAAAGAAAUACACAUUACCAAAGGGAAUAAAAGAUAUCGAAGUUGAAUUGCCACCUGUGGAUACUUGUAUAAUUGUUACAAAUCAUUCAGUGUAUAAAGUUGUUCUGAGAAAGUCGGUGUUAUCAAUUUUUAUGGAAUUAGUACUAAAAGAUAACGAACCCGAAAAAGCGAUAAAAUUGGCUAUAGUAUUUGGCAUAAAUGCACAGCAGUUGCUAGAACAAGCCAGCGACAUACUUUUGUCAAAUAAACAAUUUUCACGCGCGGUGACUUGUUAUAAACUAUCCGAAUGUAGAGUAUUGAAGAGCGUGUUAAAAUAUGCAUCUGCUGGGUAUACAGCGAACGUGUUGAGAUGCCUCACGCAAUUUUUAGUAUUUCCAGAAAUUGGUAAGCUGCCUGUCACAACAAGAAUUCAUCUUUCUAAUUUAUGUGUACUCGCGUUUAUUGAAAUAACGCUUAGAGUACCGCCUCAAAAAUCUAGGAUUACUUAUAAAGAGUUUUUAUAUUUCCUAUCUACAAAUUCUUUUUACGACGAAUUAUUAGCAAUUAAUAUUGCUGGGCAAACGUGUCUAUGGGAAGUUUUACAUCAUUUAGCUACACAAAAAUGUCUUUAUGGACAAAUGUUGGAUGUGCUCAUGAAGACAAUACAUUCUUUCAGCACAAACAAUUUCCAUCCAACAUCAUACGGUUUGUUAAUAUGUAUAAGCGAACCAAGUUUGAUACAAGCAAUGUUAGUAAAUCCUGAGUUAGCUAGAAGACAUAUAUCAUUUAUUCUCGAUAAUCUUCAAGACUCUCAAAUUUUUGUACUUCAGAGAUUAGUAACACUGUAUGAUCCAACAAAUCCAGUGAUAAGACCUAGGAUAGUACAAUGCAGACUGCGCCAUAGAUCUACUUCACAUAGUUCUCAAUCUAGUCAAUGUGAUUCUUUAGAUCUCUUAGAAAAUGAGGAUGGUGACGCAUUAGUGGAAGAAAUUAUAGAAACUUUUUUAUUAAUUUUACUGACUUUGAUUUAUAAGAAAUCUAUUUUAGAGCAAGAACCUUCUACUACAUGUAACGUUGAAUUAUUAGGAUUUAAGAAGAGUCAUAACAAUACCAGUUCUAUUGUCCAUUUCAAAAGAAGGCCAUUAUGUGCCGGAUUUUAUCAUGUUGUUCUUAUCAGAAACGGAAACGUUUAUACAUGGGGGAGUUCUGUGCAAGGAUGUCUAGGAACUGGUCCAUCUCUAUUGUGGUAUGACACGGCUCAAUCGAUAUCGUUCUUUUGGAUGAUGGAGCUCGAAGUCGUCAGCGUAUCGUGCGGACAUUGUCACGCUUUGGCAGUGACCAGUAAUGGCGUUUAUGUCUGGGGGUCGAAUCAGUUCGGCCAGUUAGGUCUGGGCAAGAUUUUACAAUGUUCGAGCCCCGAAUUAAUCAUAUCUUUGGCUCAAGAAAUUAUUGUAGACGUGGUAGCCGGACAAUAUCAUUCUGUCGCAUUGACUUCCGAUGGGAGAGUCUUUACAUGGGGUUGGGGCGUCCAUGGUCAAUUGGGCCAUGGUAAUACUGACAAAAAGAACACUCCCACGCUAGUUACGUCGUUACUCGGUACAUUUAUACGUUCCAUCAGCGCCGGCCAUGCACACACUUUAGCUCUUUCUACGGAGGGUAUCGUGUAUGCGUUUGGUUGCAACGUUUUCGGGCAAUUGGGUAUAGGGAGCAACGUUAAGAGUUCUGUGCCAAUGAAAGUAUUGUUACCGGAGAAAAUAUCUCUCAUCGCAACUGGAUACUUCCACAAUCUUGCCGUUAGUUACACUAACAAAUUAUAUACGUGGGGAGCUAGCCCACAGGUUCUUCGAUGGCAAGCACAAGCGCAAAAGAGGAAUCGAAUAUGGGAACAGCGAGCCGCCAUUGCGAAGCAGUUCGAAACUAUCGACGAGUUUGAGAAGGUUAUGGACCAAGCGGGCACGAACGAAAUGGGCGAAGAGGCGAUAGAAAAUAAUGCACAAAAUACAAAUGCACAACCGAAGUCGGUAGCCAACGAGGACACGAGAAGAAAACAAUUACAUAUGUGUUUGAAGAACGUCGAUAUCAUACCGCUCGAGGAGAAUCAAGCACAUUUGAAACCGUCCCUGGUGGAUACGAGUUUGGUGGAAGGAAAUAUAGUGCAGAUAUCGACUGGCUGCCAUCACAAUGCACUUGUGACGAAUCACGGGUCGCUUUAUACAUGGGGACGGAAUUUGCAUGGUCAGAUAGGCAAUGGUAGCAAACACGAGGUACGAAUUCCCACGCCAUUGUGUUACAAUCCUACUUCUAUCUUCGCACAAGUACCCCCACGGCACAACGCCUAUCGAGGGGACGAUGAACAAGAAUUAGAUGCCGAAGGAAUUCACUCUGCCGCGAACAAUAGAAACGGGAACUUAAACGGCGAGUCAAAAUCAUGGCAGACGGAAAGCAACGAGUCUAAGGAUAAAAUAAAUUCAGUAAUUAAAAUCGUCUAUGUUUCUUGCGGAUAUGAUUACACGGUUGCCAUCCAUUCAGGAGGUACGGUUUUAGCUUGGGGCAACAAUAAAAGAGCACAGCUGGGCCGCCUUCCUCCGAAAGAUGCACGCGACUCCGAGGACAAGUUUGUGUUAUUUAAAAAGAGAGUAGCGCGUAUUCCAAAUUUAAUGAAUCACGUAGCUUUGGACGUGCCUAGUCAAGUCCCCAACCUUCCUGCUCCUGUUAUUUCUUAUCUGAGUUACGACGUGCCGCCGCUAGCGGGCGCCAUUUGUCCAUUAAGCGUUAUUGAGAAAACACCCGGUGAAUUGACUUUAAAUUAUGCGCUCGAAUAUUUCUACGGCUUGUACGAUACUUCAAGAAUUAUGAAGAAGUGUAUCGAGUUGGAAAAUUAUCAAGCUUGCUCAAAAAUAGCUAUGGUGCAGCAUAAUAUUUCUGACGCUUUCGCCUAUCAGUUGAAAAUAUUGCACACGCUGAGCCUUCGGUUUCGCGCGAAAAUAAAAUCGUCUGAAAGUUUGUGCAAAAAGUUGGACAAAAAGAUCGCAGAGAAUUCGGAUGUAAAAAAGAUGACCUGGUCAACACGACACGUGAAGAACAAUACCGAGCUGUUCAACAAACAAGUAGAGAAGAAUCUGAUCGAUUCCGUGGAGGAUUGUGCCGUUAAAAAUAAGAUGAAAAUUCCGGCAAGCAGAUCGUUGAACAGUCUGCAAUUAUUGCAAGAAGAGCUGUACACGUUUGACUGUCAGGGCGGCUCGGAGGAAUUGUGCAAAGAUAUGAAAUGCGAGAAUGCGCCUUUGGAUGCUUUCGAGGACACUUUCGAUUCUGAUAUUAGCUCCGAUUUGGAGGAAUGGAUGGAAAACAUUAUAUUCAAAGAUAACCAGCUUCAAAAGCAAGAGAAAGCAGCUGGAUCUGGCGAGGCCCAUUCGGUAACUGCCGCGAAGAAGGAAGUAGCGGAUCAGGAUCGUAAUGCAACAUUUUACGAAAAGAAAGUGUCGCAUUCCCGGCAAGAUAACGUAAUCAGCGAAGUUAUAAAAGUGAUCAAGUUUUUCUUAAGUGAAAUGGAAAACGAAACGGAUAUGGUCAAGUGUAAAAUAUUACAGGAUGCUCUGGACUUCUGGAUCGAACACAAUUUCCCAAUACAGAGUAUAGAGAAUCUGUUUUUAGAACAUAUCCAAUUAAUUUUUUAUCCGCUUGGAUUGUUGCUGUUCUGCCAAGAAAUAAUGGAAAAGUACUUGGAUACAAACAAGAAUGAUACGGAAGUGAAGAGUUUCGCUGUAAUUAACUUUUUCUCUACUAAAUUUUCUCUUCAAGUCUGUUCUAUGUUACUGCAGCAUAUCGGCCAAGGCCAACCUACACCUGAAUUUGUUAAACUACUGUCUUUUUUGACGGCCGAAUAUUAUGGGCCACCACUCACUGGCUACCCAGGCACAAGUGAAAAUAAUACCUCAAAACAAAUGAUAGAUGGCAUUAUGAGCACAGUGUCGUUCGAGACUCCGGAUUCCAGGUCAUUUGUACACAUCAAGGAUCCGGAUUCGGUCUAUCGAUUCCUCGCGGCUGAAGAAGAUACGGUAGUAUUUACGUGUGGACACCAUUAUCCAUUGACCAUGUAUAAAACAGAAGUGAUUCCAACAAUGCAAACGGAAUUAUUAACAUCCGACUCAUUGGUUCUUCCAUGUACAGCUCAGUACUUAGAGAAAAUGUUAGCUGAAACGACUAAACCAGAAAUACUGUGCCCCUCGUGCAUACCACGAGCACUGGGAAUGUUGGUGAAGAAGAGCAAUGGGUGAUAAGUAUGUACCUGAGAUUUUAUUUAAAAAAAAAUAAUUGAUAUAUAGCCUUUUCACAAAAACCUCGAUUGACUCAACUUAUAUACGCGAAAGGAACUUUUAAAUUGAUUGUAAGGGACUACUAAAAACACAGAAAUUUAGCAUCAAUUGAUCAAUGUAAUUUGUCCCCGAAAAGCAUUUCAAAAUGACGUACGAUAUUAAAGCUCUCUGUAUCGUUUAAACAAUACUUUUUUAAGUUAUCUAUAUUUAUAGAGAACUUUUCAUAGGCGAAAUAAAUUUAUCGACUGCGUUAUUAAACGGGAAGAACUGUAUACUGUAUUAAUUUUGUUAUUACUUGCGAUUCGUCGUGUCUUAUUAAAUAUUUGAAGAAUUACUUCGUUACGCACAUUGAAAUUUAAUGUCAUUUUUAUCUCUUUCUUUCUCUUCUCUUUAUAUAUGAAGUAGCAUACUCGUCUGUCUGAACUUUAUAAGCUCAAGAACUAGUGAACUAAUUUCAAUGCAGUUUUCGCCAGCAGAUUAGGCAUUUAUUACUUGGGCUAAAGCGGGUAACAAUACUAGUUAGUGUGUAAAAAAACGUAGCUAAGUUAGCGGCAGGAAGUACUAUAUUUUAAAAGUAAUAAAUGUUCAUGAUUCAAAUACAACGAUAAAAAUUGAAAAAUUACAAAAUAACGAUCCCUUUCUUUUAUAGUUUUUUUUAUCAGAAAUCAUUGAUUCUGCAUUAUGGAAACAAGUUUAAAAUAAUGCAUUAACACCGGUGUGACUGGAACAAAAAUAUGUUUGCCAUAAGAAAUUUUUUACUGUUUUUAAACUUUGUUGUCAAUUAUCUCGAAUAAUCUAACAGCACAAUGAGCGAUAUUUGUGCUUUAAUAAUGUCAAUCGAUUGCUUUACAUUUUGCUUGUAGCUUGUAAUAGUUUUAUAAAUCGUAUUGUUUUACGACGUAUAAAAAAUUUUAAAUAAAAGAUCAAGGUAUCGAAUCGUAAUAUAUAAAAACGGCUAUAAAAAAUAAAUACGUUAUCCGUGUAUGGAAUUUAUGAAUGUAUUUGUUAACCAAACAUAUUAAUUACUCUAAAGAUACAGUAUACAAUUGUACAGUAGUUGUUAUACCGAUAUUGUAAAAUAGGGAAUGAAUGUAAUUAUUGUCUGUAAUUGCAAUUAUACAAAAUUGGUGCAAAUUACUAACGACUGACGACAAAUAUAUUGAUCUAGUCUUCAAAGUAUAUGCCAGAAUUAUACAUACUAUAUUAGUAGACGAUCUCGUCGAGGAUCGGAACGAAAUGUCUCGAUUAUAUAAAUACAUACGUAUUAUUGUGAUUAUUCGUGGACUUGCGUUUAAUUUUAAUUAGAACAUUGGUGUGUCGAUACAGUAGGUAAAUAGAGUCGAAUUUACAUAUAGAAUCGUAGGCAUACUCGUUGUUUUUUAAUAGGAAAACCGUAUGAAAAUGAAACACCGGAAAUAGGAGUAGAAGUCUAUAGUCUACAUCACAGAACUUCAUUAGUCUGAUCCGAGGAAUUAACGAACGUCAGUAGGUUUUUUGAAAUUAAUCGACGCAAGUAAUGGAAUUAAAUUGUACAAAAUAUAUGUAAUUGCCGUUAGCGAAACUGUAUGAUUGUUACGAACUAAACGAAGGUGGGACAAAUGAAAUGAAGAAGUAUUUACUUUUUGCACGAAGUAGUUUACAUUAUAGACAGAAACGAUUAAAAUUUAUGUUAUUUAUUUUAAACAAAAUUAUCAGUACGAUAUGCAUGUUUUCUUUACGACAAUUGAACAAUUCUGAAGAAGGGAACAACCACUUGUGCAAUAUUUUAGAUAGAAAUCACGUCGACUAGGAUCCAGUUCUUGUUGUAAAAAUCACUUUUAUUAUUUACUCUUUUUAAAUUGUAUAAUAUACAGCGUGUUCGGCCAACCCUGGGAAAAAUUUUAAUGGGAGACUCUAGAGCCCAAAAUAAGACGAAAAUCAAGAAUACCAAUUUGUUGA